AUGGGGAUUAAGCCCAUCAUCUCACGCACCAGGGAUGGAAAGAAGCUCAGGGGAGAUAGAGCACACGCAGGAAACCUCAUGCCCCUCCUCGAUCAACUACUCUCCUACAGCACCACAGCCUAUAGCACUCGAUUUCAACAAGGAAGGAGGCUGAGCGUUGGAGGGAUCAUCACACCUAUCCUCUGCGCAGCUGGUGUCCAGCUAAACAAGAAGAAGGUAACUCCAGCGGGGUGGAUGGACAUCAAGUUUUGCAAGACCAACCUCCUCAUUGAUCACAAGGAAUUGAAUGGGAGAUAUCAAUUCAAGUUCACACACCCCACGGCUGGCCCUUCCAAGCUGCUCCUGGCCAACCCUGAACUCACCACGGUCAUCAGGGGUGAGAACAUUGACUUUCGCCCCCCAAUUUACACAUUAGUUGGGCAUGAGGAUGAUUUGCGAGAAAAGGAGCCUGAACUCGAUCCAGUUGGGGAUCGAGCUGAGGCUCGAGCUGAGGAUCGAGCUCAAGUGGAAGAGGAGUUGGAUGAGCCUGACUGCUACUAUUUUGAGGAGUAUGAAGCUCCAAGGAUGAACCCCUCUGUUGUGGCUUCUCACAAGAAGAUUGGGCUUCUCCAAAAGCUCAACAAGUGGCAAGGGAAAGCCAUGGAGAAAAUGCAAAAGUCCAUGGAAAAAAUGGUGAGGGAGAAGAAGAGGAAGAGCCGCAAGCUCGAUCAAGCUGCAUGA